GUUCAAGCCAUCAGUUUAUAUUUUCCAACGCGUAAAACUCAAGAAUCUCCUAUGGCAUAACCCACCCACCCUUCAAGCCCCUUGGUUUUGUCUCCCAAAACCAUGGGUCCUGUUCUUCCCCCCACCUUUAUAUAUAAAACCAAACCCACUUUCCUAUAUAAAACCAAACCAACUUUCCUUUCACCAACCAAAAAUCUCAAUCUAAACCUCCAAGCAAAAUCCCAUCAAAGACCCAUUUUUGAAGAAUGAGCAGUGGAGCAGUUUCAGCAAGCAAAGCCUGGAUUGUGGCAGCCACAAUCGGAGCAGUUGAGGCAUUGAAAGACCAAGGCAUUUGCAGGUGGAAUUACACCAUUAGGUCACUGCAUCAACAUGCCAAGAACAAUAUCAGAUCUUCUUCUUUCUUUUCUUCUUCUUCUUCUUCAUCUUCUUCUGCUGCUGCUGCUGUUUCAAAUAAGUUGAGGGAGGAAAAGAUGAGGAAAGCUGAGCAGACUAUGAAGAAAGUUAUGGAUUUGAACUGUUGGGGUCCUAAUACUGUUAGAUUUUAAUGUUCUAUGCAUUUGGUUCAUACAAAUUACUACAGUUUUUUUCCUUUUUGUUAGAGAAAAAAAUUUAUAGAGAGAGAUGAUCUGAAUUGGUGUAAAUCAGCCUUUUCAAAAAAUUUUCAUAUUAUGUUGGAUCUUGUUGUAUUGGGGAUUAUCAUAUGAAAAAAAUUUAUGAAAUACAUCUAAAGUUGGGUUGUAAA